CCUCUGGGCAGCCGAAGCGUGGCGCGUGGCGAUGAGGUAGUCACGCGCACGCGCGGCCGUGGCUGAGAUUGCUUCACUACGCCGAGGAGGGCCGCUCGGCUCUGGAUCUGGCGGGCCGUGCGAUAACCAGUUUACAUCAGAACCACAACAGCAGACUUCACCAGCAAGGUGCUAUACAGUUCUCUUCCACGGUAUUAUUCUGUUAAGUAGAGAAUGGAGAAGGAAUUGAAUCUUGUAGCUGUGGAAGAUGCAGUGCAUUACCAGCUGUUCUUGUUAACUCAUCUAACAGAAAACUCUGAACGUCGCCAAGAAAUUCUUCAGGAAUACAUUGAAAGAAUACUAGCAUGCUUUGCACCCAUACUGGUUUCCUACAUCUGGCAAAACCAGCCAUUUAAUCUCAAGUAUAAACCUUCCAAAGGAGAUGUCCCUUCUCAUAUUGCUGGUGUCACAAAAUUUGGAGAUAAUAUUGAAGACGAAUGGUUUAUUGUAUACCUCAUUAAGGAAAUUACAAAGGAAUUUCCAGAACUAGCAGCCCGAGUGAAUGAUAAUGAUGGUGAAUUCCUGCUGAUAGAAGCAGCUGACUUCCUUCCGAAGUGGUUGAAUCCUGAAAACAGCAUUAAUCGGGUGUUCCUGUAUGGUGGAGAACUGUGCAUAAUUCCACUGCCAAAGACUUCUGAAGAGGCAACUUUACUACCUGCUACUAGUCCUACAAUUCCUCAGGCACUGAAGUUGUUAUCUACCCAUUCCAGUAAUUUUGUAUCUGCAAAAUCUAUUAAAGCAGCAAUAUGUAAACGCAUCAGUGGGUACCCUGAGAAAAUUCAGACGUUCCUUCACCAAGCUCAUUGUUACCUUCCAGGAGGCAUUGCAAUCGUGCUAAAGCAAUGUCCCGCAUUACUGUCUGCAGCGGUCCAAGCUUUUUACCUGCGAGACCCCAUUGACUUAAAAGCAUGUCGCGUUUUCAAAACUUUCCUUCCAGAGACACGCAUAAUGACUUCGGUCACUUUUACUAAGUGCCUAUAUGCACAGUUGGUACAACAGAUUUUUGUACCAGACAGACGAAGUGGAUACACGUUGCCUCCUCGUUCUCAUCCUCAGUACAAAGCAUAUGAGCUGGGUAUGAAGUUGGCUCAUGGCUUUGAAAUUCUCUGUUCCAAGUGUAGUUCAGGAGCUGAUAAUUCUGAGGAACAUACGAUGAAUGUUCCACUGUGGGAUAACUUUCUCAAGAGCCUCAAGAAAAACAAUUAUUUUAAGGGUGAGCUGGAAGGUUCUGCUCGGUAUCUGGAUCAGUUGCGCAUGGCAGAAAAUUAUUUCCAACAGUCUGUAAUCGAUCCACACAGUUCAGUUGCCAGAAGUCCGGGUGAAGAAAUUAUCACAAUAUUAAGGACAACUUCCUUUAAUUUGGAGGACUUGAGAAAAGAAGCAAGCAGUCUUCCUCCAGAGGAUGAUGACAGUUGGUUAGAAAUCUCUCCAGGCACUCUCGAUCAGAUCCUUAAGGAGGCAUCUGGAACAAACAAGUCUGCUUCUAGUUUAAAUGAAGAGGAACAGAAUUAUGACUUGGCAGAGGUCACUAAAAGCAUGAAGGCUUUUAUAUCUAAAGUCUCAACACAUGAAGGAGCAGAAAUGCCAUGGUCAUCUUCUGAAGCCCAUGUCACUUUUGAUGUUGACUCAUUCACAAAUGCCUUAGACAAAAUAUUAGGGGCAAAUUCAGAAGAGCUGGACUCAGAUGAUUUGGAAGAGGAAGAGGAGUUUGAAUUUCUGAGCAGUGAUGAAGAGUCUAAUCCAAACUCCAAUAGUCAAGAGGAUACAGCAUCUCAGAAUGAAAUAGCUGAAAGCUUCAAAUCAUACAUGGAUGAGAUGGACCAUGAACUGGCAUCGACCAAUAUUGGGAGAAGCUUCAAUAAUCCAAAAGCGGUUGGGUCUGAUAAGAUAUGUUCAUCCCAAGAGACUGACAAUGAUUUGGAAGAUGACUUGACACCUGUGGAUAUAGAUCUGAAUCUAGUGACUAACUUGCUGGAAUCUUAUAAUGCUCAAGCUGGACUAGCAGGACCUGCCUCUAACAUUCUACAGAGCAUGGGAGUACAUUUGCCCGACAAUACAGACAACAAACCUCAAUAGCAAUUCAUUAAUGGAAUAAUCUGGUUCCUAGUUCAGGGAUAUAUUGUUGGAUAGCAGCAGCAUCAUAAGAAGUAAUUGUCUCUUUAAAUUAAGGAUCAAAAGAUUUUCAUUUAUUUGGAAGUGUGCAAGUAUGUUUUUAAAUAUUUUUUUACUAACAGCUGCUUUAAACUUCUACCCUUAUGGAAUCUGUUUGAUAAAAAAGGAAGUUAGUCUAAUGGCUGGAUUUGUUCAAAUGCAUCAGUAUAAGAAAUUAGGAUGUCUUGAGAAAAAUGCACUCUGUUAAACAUUUCCUUGCUACAUUUUCUUCUUGAAGGUUUAUAUUAUAUUGGAAAGUCCUAGAAAAAAGCAAUGUAUAUGUAAAAUGUUGUUGGUUGUUAAAGCCACUAGCAUCAGUUGAAAAACUGGAAGACUCUUUUUAACGAAUUUUUUCUAUUUACUUGUAACACAAAACUUUAAAUUUUUCAAGGUUUAAAGUUAUAGAUACUACUAGCAACUACUAAAGUGUUUCUUUUUAAUAUA